AUGGUCGCCCGCACCAAGCGCCGCACGACGGCGCCGACGGCGAAGCGCGCCAAGGUCGCCGCGAUCGCUCCGAUCGAAGCGCUCAGUCGCGACGUCUUCCUCCACCUGCUUUCGUUUCUCCAGCCCAACGAAGCGCUGCGCCUUGCGAGCACCAGCCUCGUGCUUGAUCGUGCGAUGGACGACCGCGUCUGGCGCGCCAUGCUUCUGCACCAGCUCCAGGUCCAGCCGUCGCUGCUCAAGCCGCGCACGCAGACGCGCAAGAUGGUCGUCAACCUCGCGCAGAAGAAGAGCUGCGAGCACUGCGACCGCUUCAUGGCCGACGGGUGUCGCAUUAUCAAGGUGCACACCAAGCACCGCGGCAAGAGACUCUGCGAUAGCUGCUUUGAACUCCCGAUGUUCAACGAAAUCAGCCACAUGGACGCGAUCGCUGAGUACAAGCUCACAAACAAGGAGCUGCGCGCACUGCGGUACCGCCUCGUUACGGUGGGGGACUACGAUCUGGGCGAGCGCUUCAAGACGACGAUGUACAACCUCCAAGCUGUCCUCGACCUUGUGGCCAAGCUGCGCUCGUAGGCGAACCUGUUG